AUGAUGUCCUACAUAAAGCAGACUCAUUACGCAGUGAACGGGUUAACUCUGUCCGCUCCAGGGAUGGACCUACUACAAACAACGUCGGCUACCCCAGCCACUCCGAGAAAGCAGCGCCGCGAGCGCACUACCUUUACACGCACUCAGCUGGACAUUUUGGAGGCUUUGUUCACAAAGACACGGUACCCCGACAUCUUCAUGAGGGAGGAGGUGGCGCUCAAAAUAAACCUGCCUGAGUCCAGAGUACAGGUUUGGUUCAAGAACCGCAGAGCAAAAUGCCGUCAGCAGCAACAGCAGACCAGUGGCCAGCCCAAGCCCCGCCCCCCCAAGAAGAAGACCACCCCGCCCCCGGAGAUGCCCCCCGAGCCCAGUGCUGGCCCCUCCUCCAUGAUGGUGUCAGCCCCGCCCCUGACUGUGGCCCCCAGCACCAGUGCUGGCACUGCCCCUGUGUCAGUGUGGAGCCCCACGUCACUGUCGCCCAUCCCAGACCCCCUUUGCGGCCCUGGGACCCCCUGUAUGCAGCGAGCCAGUACCUACACCAUGGGCUACAGCCAGGGCUCCUCCUACAGUCAGGGCUCCUCCUAUGGCCAGGGCCCCUCCUAUGGCCAGGGCCCCUCCUACGGCCAGGGCUAUGGCUCAUCGCUUUACUUCAGCAGCUUUGACUGCAGUCCCUACCUGUCACCCAUGAGCUCGCAGCUGUCAGCCAGUGGGGGCGCUCUCUCACCUCUCACUGUACCCUCCAUGGGUAGCUCCCUGAGCCACUCACCCUCACUCUCCUCUCAGGGCUACGGUGCCUCCUCUCUCAGCUUUAGCACCAUCGACUGCCUGGACUACAAGGACCAGCAGGCCUGGAAGCUGAACUUCAGCACCGUCGACUGCCUCGAUCACAAGUUCCAGGUGCUGUAG